AGCCACGGUGGGGGGUGGGGAAAAGGCCGAGGUGGAAGUGACGUCACCGCGGCGACUGGACCCGGUAGCUUCUCCCCUAGAACGCAGGCAAGAAAGGCCGGUCCCUCUGCGCCACCUCUGUUCUACCGGGCUUGAGUGGGCGGACCCGCCGAGCUCCCAGAUCGCCCCGAACGAACGAACAGCAGUCGCGAGGCCUAGUCAUGCCGCUUCCGGUGGCCCUUCAGUCCCGCCUGGCCAAGCGCGGCAUCCUCAAACACAUGGAGCCCGAGCCAGAGGAAGAGAUCAUCGCCGAGGACUACGACGAUGACCCCGUGGAUUACGAGGGGACCAGGAUUGAGGGCCUGCCUCCCAACUGGUACAAGGUGUUCGACCCAGUCUGUGGCCUUCCUUACUACUGGAAUGUGGAGACCGAUCUCGUGUCUUGGCUGAAUCCCCAUGAUCCCAGCUGUGUCAUCACCAAGGCAGCCAAGAAACUCAGAAACAACUUGGAUCUAGAAGAUAAGAUGGACCGCGGCUAUGACAAGUCGGAAAGGGAAGAGAUGAAGGAACGGCGGUAUCACCGAAGGGAAGAGUUGGCCCCCUACCCCAAGGGCAAGAAAGCCAGCCGGAAGGAUGAAGAAUUGGAUCCUAUGGACCCUAGUGCCUAUUCUGAUGCACCUCGGGGUACGUGGUCUACGGGUCUCCCCAAACGGAAUGAGGCAAAGACAGGGGCCGACACGACAGCAGCCGGGCCCCUGUUCCAGCAACGGCCGUACCCCUCUCCGGGGGCGGUGCUUCGGGCCAAUGCUGAGGCCUCCCGGGCCAAACAGCAAGACUGAGACGGCCUGCCACCAGCUUCCCCAGACCUCCCCGACCCUUGUGUUCGUAAUAAAACGUUUCCUCUCGA